ACUAAACCAUCGACAGUGUCCCUCUCUCUGUGCCUUGGUGUGGGUGCGUUACGUAAACUCUAUCGAUAACCAGGUAAAAAUAUCUUGAGGAGAAACAUAGAAGAAGAAACAAUGUAAGGAAAAUAUAAGGAAAGAAAAUAUUAAGAAAGAGAUAUUAUAAAGAACGAAGGAAAGGAGGAAAAAAAAUAGUGAAAAAUAAGAGCCAAUAAUUAUAUGAAAAGAGAAGAGGAAAAGUAUAGACAAUAAUUUAUAAGAAAAGAGAAAAAAGAUGAAAAACAUGAAAUAAACAAUGACAAUAAUUACAUGAAAAGAGAAAAAAAAGGAAGGAGAGAAAAAACAAACAAACAAACAAAAACAGAUAAAUUCACAAGGAGGAAUAAUCUAGCACUCAGAAGGUUCAGAGCGGAAGGAAACAACAACAACAACAACAACAACAACAAGAGCAUCAAAUGUCACAAGACAGGAAACAUACAUGACACGCCUCAGUCUGUGUUGCGUGCGAGUAUAGUUUGCGUGUGUGUGCCUGCGUGUGUGUGCGUGCCAUGAAGCUCUCCAUAUAACCUCCACCAACCAGGAGUGAGGAGGAGGAGGAGGAGGAGAAGGAGGGGAAGAGGAAGAAGAUAGCCAGCAAGGAGAGAAGGGAAGGAGGAAGAGGAGGAAGACCGACAACGAGGAGAUAAGAAAGGAAGGAGAAGGAAGAGGAGGAAGAUCGCCAGCAAGGAGAGAAGGGAAGGAGGAAGAGGAGGAAGACCGACAACGAGGAGAUAAGAAAGGAAGGAGAAGGAAGAGGAGGAAGAUAUAAAGCACGGAGAGGAUAAUAAAGACAUAAGAAGGAAGAGGAGGAGGAAGACAGCAAGUAAGGAGGGGAAAAGGAAGAAAUAAGGAAGAAGAGGAAGAUUAAGAUAGCCAGCACGGAGGGGAAGAGAAAGACAAGAGGAGGAGGAGGAAGAGGACGAGGAAGACGGCCAGCACGGAGGGGACACGGAAGGAAGAAGGAGGAGGAGGAAGGAGGAGGGGUCGGAUGGAGGAAGGAGGAGGAGGAAGAGGUCUCGGUCUCAAGCUCUUUACCUGCGCCCCGCGAUACACGAAGCUGCCUACCUGUGGCGAGGAUGAGGAGGACGAGCAGGAGGCUGGGCAGGGUACCCUUGGGACCUCCAGCCUCAGCUCCGACCACUGCCACUUGCCCCAGUCCAGCACCCAGGCUUCCAAGCGUGCCAUGACCAAGCUUGCUGUUGCCUGCUGCCUCACAACUGUCUUCCUGAUUGGCGAGGCGGUAGGCGGCUACCUGGCCAACAGCAUUGCCAUCAUGUCCGACUCAGCCCACCUGCUGAGCGACCUGACCUCCUUCAUCGUGUCCAUCGUGGCCAUCUACCUUGCCAUGCAACCUGCCUCCAAGAAGAUGAACUUUGGCUACUACAGGGCAGAGGUGCUCGGGGCGGUGGUGAGUGUGUUGAUCAUCUGGGUCAUCACUGGCAUUCUCGUCUACGCCGCCAUCCAGCGCGUCAUCACCAUGGAGUUUGAGGUUGAGGCCGAUACCAUGAUCAUCGUUGCCGCCGUCGGCGUUGUCAUGAAUAUUAUUCUGGGUGUUGCGUUACAUGCUGGUCAGGGAGGUCAUGGUCACGGGCACAGUCACGGGCAUGGGCACAGUCAUGGCGGAGCAGCUACGCACCAUCCGCCUGUCACCUCCACCCCAGGCCAAGCACAGCCGGACCCGAGUUCAGGGAACAACGUCAACGUGCGGGCGGCUUUCAUCCAUGUCCUGGGCGACCUCAUCCAGAGCGUCGGGGUCCUCAUAGCAGCGUACAUCAUCCGGUUUUAUCCGCAGUACAAAAUCGCCGAUCCCAUCUGCACCUUUAUCUUCUCGCUUCUCGUCAUCUUCACAACGGUCCCGAUCCUCAAGGAUUUGGCUAACGUCCUAAUGGAGGGAGCACCGCCAGGGAUAGACUACUCACUGGUGUCCUCCCACCUCACAGCAUUACCGGGCGUCAAGAUGGUCCACUCCCUGCAUGUGUGGGCGCUCACCCUCGACAAAAAUGCCUGUGUGGUGCAUUUAGCCAUUGACCCCAACACUGAUCCCGAGGUGGUGUUGAGGGAUGCACAACGGGUCAUACGGUCGAGGCAUCAAAUCCUCCACACGACGAUACAGGUGGAGCGCUACGAACCUUUGCUCAUGGACAACUGCCACCAGUGUCAGCCGCUCACUUGAUAGAGAG